UAGAAGAAGAAGCUGGAGCCUCUGCAAGCUAACUGAAGCUAACCGAAGUUAACGCUGUGUUUUGAGCAUUAUGACGUUGCACAGCAUAUAGCUGGCUAGUUAGCUGUGGAGCGUUUAAAGCCCGGGAAACCAGGGGCACCAUAAUAAACUAGAAAUAUCAGUGUACUGUCAUGUUCUCUAGUAAGUAGUUCUCCGCUUAGUAGCUCUUGUAUGACCUAGCUGCUAAGUGAGGUAGCCUUCCUCGAUUACAACAAGUGCGCUAAUGAGACAGUGAGCUAACAGAAACAGUCAGCAGGACAUGGCCAGAGCAGAGUAGGGUUGGAGGACACAGAGAGUUCAGGAGGAGCGACUAAGCAACAAGAAGGCUCGAGGCCUUAUGUCUACUUCACACACACACCCGGACGCUCACUUUGGAGAUCACCUCAGCAGGGUGAGGGCAGUGAAGAUGGAGCAGCUGAGAACACUGGUCAGCGAGCGUUUGUCUGCAGCUGCAGAGGAGAUCUUCAGGAUUGUAGAGAGGACAAUUGUAGAAUAUGAAAAAGAAAUGUCCUGUUCAAAGUGGGUGGUGGACAGCCACCGCAGACUGCUGGAUGUCGCCAAGGCACAGAGUGAAGACUCUCUCCAGAUGUCUGUCCCAGAUGUGCGGCUUCAGCCUGCUGCCAGUGUGAACGUCAGUGUGUGCUGGGAGGAAGCAGUAGAAGCCACGUCAGAGCAAGCUGAACACCUUCCAAACAUGAACACUCAUUCAGGCGGCUCUCCUUCCAGAGAAAACGAUAAUGAGAUAGAAGUGGAUAUUGCAGACGAUGAUGUACCAUCGUCUUCUUGGAAGACGGAGUGUGACCCGAACAUGCCGUUAAAGGUCCUCGCUGUGAAUAAAUCAUUCAAAUGUCCAGUUUGCAUAAGCACUUUUUCUUCCAAGAAGACGAUGGUACGUCACUUAAAAAAACAUCCACGCGACGGUUCAUCACUGUACCAGUGUCAGAUCUGUGAGCAAAACUUCUGCCACAAGUCUGAAUUCUUCGCUCACAGUAGAACACACCAAGGCCCCAAACCAUACCAGUGCCAAGAGUGUGAGGAAAGUUUUGACGAGAGGGAUAGUCUGCUUAUCCACAGCCUGAAACACACUGAGGAACAACCAAAUGAGUGUCUCAGUGAGAAGGAGGAGGCAGAAACUCACCUCAGAUCAGUGACAGCUGCUGGUGAGAUUAGAGAGCUGAACUGCACUCAGGAAAUACCUGGCAUUAAGACUUUCCCACUUACCUUCUCUCCCUAUGAUCAGAGUGAGUUUGAUCAGGAGUCUCUGCAGCCCCUGUGUCUCUACCAAGUGCAGAGUCUGUGUGAUAUGGGACAAGACUCCUCGGCUGCAGGAACAGUCAAUCACAUCAAAACUGAGCCGGCUGAUGGAGUAUCAGACUGCAUCACUGAUGGUCAGUUGCUCCUUUCAGUGAACCAGAGCCAACAGGGAGAAGAUGAGCCCAAACAUCUCAACAAUAGAGAUAUUCAGCCGAGAGGACCUUCAGGGAAAUCCACGGAGCUCAUAGUUCAGUUUGAAGAAGGAACAGCAGAGAAACCCUACAAGUGUCCGUGUUGUGCCAAAUGUUUCUCCUUGCAUAAGACUUUAAUAAGACAUGUAAGGAUCCACACGGAGGACAAACAGUACCAUUGCCAGUUUUGUGGGAGGAACUUCGGUCAGAAGUCAGACCUGGUCAAUCACACCAGGAUACACACAGGAGAGAGACCAUACAAAUGCCCAGAAUGUGACAAAUCAUUCACCCAGAAAGGAAACCUGGUGAUUCACAUGAGGAAACACACAGGGGAUAAACCUUAUCAGUGCCUGGAGUGCAGCUGUAGCUUCAGUCAGAGGGCAUCUCUGGACUACCACAUGCAGAGCCACACACACUCUACAGCUCGGACCUGAGGAUGGCCAUUCAAAAUAAACUCUUUUUUGGCAGUGAGUGUAUAUUCACUUUGCAUUACAUAACAUUUAACAGACACUUUUAUCUCCAAAUGACUUGCAUACAUUUCUGGGAUCAAACCAUUGACCCUCUGAUUGCUGGACUACCAGCCUGUGGUUUUAUAAAAAAAUUACGAAAACUCGUUUUUUUCUGUCAUGUGCGCUAACAGCUACUAUGGGACGUCUCUAGGAUUUCUUUCACAAAACAGCAUAGCAAUAUGGAUAUUUUGUAUGACACUUUUCAUUUGCCACUGGGGAUUUCAAUACAACUUCCUUUGGGAUCCUGCUCAUGUGUUGGUGGAAGCAAAUCAGAAGAAAGAUGUCUUGGCCAAACAAUCAAAUCAGAAAGUCUGAACGGUAACUUCCUACCAAAGGAAUGAUCUGACCAGGGCCGACCCUUUUCAUGAGGCUUUGACUUUAUUGACGCCUUAACUUUGCACUCAUGAUGCGGACACUGAAGUAUUGCUAUUAUCGACGUGUGCAUAGACUACUGGCACUAGUUUCUUUGUUUAGGCCUUGAUUUGUACAUGUUUCUCAGACUCAAAAGUAUUUACUGGUUUGCUAUGCGUCUAUAUGUUUAACAGUAUUAACAAUGAUUUGAACCUUAGUCCGAUGGAGGUUCAAGUUAAAAACACCUGCUGUUUGUUUGUCUGCAUGAUUGAAGGAAGUUUUCUCUUUCAGGUUAAUCUUCAAGUCAGCUGUUCCUGAUAUUAAAUGAAAUAGCAGUUUAUUUAUGGUCAGGUUAUGGGAUUGCCCUGUGGCGAAACUGUUUUAAUGUUCCCACGGUCAGAAACUAAUGGUCAAUCUGAACAUUUUACCACUUUUUCAUUUAAUUAAAGUUGUUAGAAAACACAAAACUCAUGAUCUGUAUAGGAAAUAUAUUUCUAACAAACCAAACCAGUGUUUCUGACAUUAUGGGUGCCGUUACGUGUAAAGUAUGGUUCUCGACACCACUGUAAAUAGUUAAUGUCAGUGUUCCUGAAAGGUUUUUAAUGUGAUGAGUUGGUUCCCAAUUAAAAAUGUUUUCAGAAAAAUAAAGUCAGUGUUAAUUUUGAAAUGUUGUUUAAAUAAAGAAAUCUUGGCAUUAAUAGUU